AAUAAAAUAAAAUUUCUGGCUCCGUGGCGACCUUCUCGUCGUAGAGUUCCAGCAAGAAAUUCUAGCCAGUUUCACCCCUGCACCUAACCCUACUUGAGAUGGUCACAGCUAGUUUUCCUCUCCAGGAAGCUUUGAUUUUUGUUCUGUUUGCUUAAUAAAUCUUUACACGAGAUAUCAGACUCAAUUGGAAGCUUUUCACCCUGUUUCUAUUUUUUAACUCGAGACAGGAAAACGAGGACAAGCAAAGUCAAUUAAGGUGACGUUUACCAUAAUUCCGCUUGCGCUGCGAUUAAAGCGCCCUAAUAAUACCCAUUCCCGCAGCUGAACUAACAUUGCCUUUUAUUUAGCUUUCACGGAGCAAUUGUGCGAAUGAAAUGAGAUUUAAUAGGGUUGUUUUGUGUGGGGCCCUUUUCUAAACGGGAACUGGGGGAAAACCUCUACGGACACAAAGAAGAUAUUCUGUACUUAUUUUCAACAUGUCCAUUUAAAAGUGGUCCUUUUCACAGUUCCUCCUUGCUCAGACUCAUUCACAAACAAACGCGUUCAACCUAUUGGAGCUGUUUAACAGGGGCCCAAAUAUAAUCAAUUAUAAUGAACUACAUCUCAAUGGACCACAACAAUAACACAUCUGUUGUGCGAGCGACUCAUUUUUCCUAUUAAACGCCAGCCCGCCCUUCGUUUUUUUUUUGUUGUUGUUUUUUUUUUGCAAUGUGCGAUUUCUGCAUCUAGCGAAGAAAUAAGAAAAGACCAAUAAAUCAUUCCCAUUGUUUUCUUGUAAUUCCAGGAAGGAAAGACAUUAUAGUUGAGUGUCCUCCGGGGGGAGUGUGCAGGUGGGACUUGAAUAGAAAUCUGCACUGGGAGGAGGAAAAGGAAGAGGAGAGAUGAAGGAUGUUCAACGUGUUAAUAGCCAACCUCUCGUUCUCUCUCUCUACCUUCCUCGCUCGCUCGCUCUUUUCAUGCUCGCACUCAGAAGAGUGCACACUUGCUCUUCAUGCGCUCUCAGCAUCGGGACCAGCAAUGCGUGGCGAUGUUUAAAUGUGGUGCGUACAUUUUGCCGCUCUGGAUUGAAGCCGCAAUGUGUCACUGACACAGAGGAGAUUCUGCUUGAACUUUAUCUCAUUGGAGUAAACUGACACAAGUUGAGUGACAAGCGGAAAAAUCCCAAAACAAGCGGAGAUGCUCUCAGGUGCGAUGUCCCAAAACCAGGUUCACCCACUUCUGGGUUCCCUCCCAGUGCCGCUGUCGGGCCGAGCCAGCCUCCAACCGCACAACCACCUGGAGCACUUCUUGCCCCUCAGGAUAAGCGCAUCUUCACCCCUCAGCCUUUUCCCAAAUUUCAACACGAUGGAUCCAGUGCAGAAAGCGGUAAUCAACCACACUUUUGGCAUCGCGCCACCUAAGAGAAGAACAACUAUCACCUGUAAUAUUUGUCACCUGCGUUUUAACUCCACUAACCAGGCUGAGGCCCACUACAAGGGUCACAAACACACUCGCAAGCUGAAGGCCUUGGAGAACCAGAGGAACCGGCAGAAGAACAAGCCCAGCCAACCCGCAUCGGAGAGAGAGGAGGGGACUGCAGAGACGGACUUGAAUUCAAAUGACAUAACAGAUUUAAGCACAUCGUCGCAACUGGAAAUGGGCCUUGAAAAUUCCUUGACCCCUAAUCCCUGCACGACAGACUCCACUUCAAGCCACUCGCCUCAGCUGUCCCAGCAAUUCCCUCACGACCCUCCGCUUUCCCAUUUAACAGCGGAGGGGACGCCUGCGGAAGGCGACUCUCCCGGGCCUCCUGCUGUCAGGGAAGAAGAAGAUGAUGAGGUGAAGGUGGAAGAGAAGGAGACCAACAAAAAAUGUCUUCAUUGUCCUACAUGCAAAGUGACGGUCAACUCCAGCUCCCAACUGGAAGCUCAUUGUAGUGGUUCUAAACACAAGCAGAUGCUGCACAGUCCCAACAGCAGCCAAUCGCACCGCAGGAAAAAGAGGACGUCGUCGCCAAGGCGCCCCUGCCGACUAAUUAAGCAGCGGGUGGGCACCAACAAGACCAGGGAAGUAGUGGGUGUCACCGGCCAGCGCUUUCACUGCCACCUGUGCCAGGUGGCCGUUAACUCGGAGUCACAACUCAAACAGCACAUGAACAGCAGGAGACAUAAGGAGCAUUUGGCCGGGAAGCCUGUGAAGGCUAAAUUCACUCCCUAUAAUAAACUGCCGUCCAGCUCUGCAUUAGCGACAAAGCUGGCCUUCCAGAAGCAGCUGUGCAAGGCCCUCCCGGCAGGGUUCCUGACCAACGGCCUCAAUCCAGCUGCUCUUUGCACUUUGGCAUCGGCACCGCUGGCACUUCGACUACCGCAUGGUCCCACGGCCAUCAUCCACAGUCCCCUGAUUAGCCCCGCUCUCUUCAGGCCUGCCCCGGGACCCCUGAGGGCCACACACCCACCCAUUAUCUUCUCUCCUUAUUGACAAUGAGGCACAAUGUUGAAACAUAAUCAGUACCGUAUGCACACUCGUCAACAAAAUACAGUGGUACUUGUGUUACGAGUGUCUCAAAUUAUGAUAUGUCCCCAAAAAUUUGUUUCACAUCUGGAACAGAUACAGUAAAUUACAUUUCAAUUCAUUUCAAUAUGGAGUAAACUGAGUUUUAAGUUCAGUCAUAGGACGACUUAAACCUUAAAUCAAAGUACCACUGAAAACGGACUCACUCAAUAGUUUGAGUGCAUGUUCCCUGGGGUCUAACCCCCAUUGGAAGCCAUAUAAUAUAUUUUAGUUGUAUUUACAGUGGUAUGAAAAAGUAUCUGAACCUUUUUGGAAUUCUCACAUUUCUGCAUAAAAUCACCAUCAAAUGUGAUCUGAUCUUUGUCAAAAUCACACGGAUGAAAAAACUGUGUCUGCUUUAACUAAA